AUGGAUUAAAAUUAAAACAUCAGUCGUUGUACUCUAAUGAUAAAUGAUAUUUAAAGUGAAUCUAAUAACAAUAUUGAUCAUUCUAUUAUUGGAAUAGAUGAAACGAUUACUAAAAAAGCAGAUUUAACAUAGAAUAUGAAAUAAAAAACAAAAUUUGAUCAAACAGAAAUUAAUGUCUCAUUUCAAAAUUUAUAAAGUAAUUAAACAAGCUCAAUUUCUCCAAAGCAGAAAUCAUUCUCAAAGUUAUUGAUUUAUUUUCAUUCAACCAAAUAUGCCAACAAAAUGUUACAAUUCAUUAGACCAAAUCAGAAAUUUUAAAGAAAACAUUUUGAAAUUAUAGAUGAUUUAGCAUCAUCUUAUAAAUAUAUGAAGAAAACAUCAAAUAUUAGUACAAAUAUAGUUAGAUAACAUUUAUAUCUUAUUGAUUUUAGAAUAAAAUUAAGAAUGAAAUAUAGAGCAUUUAAGACUUCAUUAAAAUAACAGUUACUUUUAUGUUUCUCUUAAAUUCCAUUGAUUGAACCUUAAAGUAAAUCUAAACUAUUAUGGGAUUUGAUAUUGAGUGUAAUGAGAAUGUAUAUGAUAAUAUGGAUGCCAAUAGUUAUAACAUUUCAUUCUAAAGAUAUUGAAUAAUAUCAUAGUCUUUUUAUAUUUUUAACCUGUCUAUUUUUUAUUUUAGACAUAAUACUUAGAGCAUUUACAAUUUGUUAUGAUAAAGGGUUACCUCUAAAAGACAGAUUUGAAUUAGUUAAAAAGUAAUUUACAAUUUCAACUUGUUUGGAAUUAUUUAGUAUACUUUUUGGUAUCAUACUUGCCUUAUCUUUUUUAUCAGAAUAUGAAAGUCCAUAUAUAUUAGAAGAGGAUGGAUGGCCUAGAAUAGUACUUUUACUCUUUUAUUAAUAAAUAAUGAAUAUUUUACAAUUUUUUGAUACUAUUUAACAUCAAUUAAAAUUGAGUAAGUUGAGUAAUUCUUUUAUUGAAUUGCUUAAAUUAGUAUUCUUGAUUUUAUUAAUACAACAUUUUUGUUGUUGUCUUUGGUAAGAAUUAUAAUUUAAUAAUUAAGGGUAGUGAUAGGUGAAUAUAAAUAAAGAUAAGAUACAAUUAAUUGGCUUAAAAGAGUUGAAGAUGAACCUUGGUAAAAUGUUUAUUUAGAAUCAUUUUAUUUUAUGAGUGUUACAAUGUUUACAGUAGGUUAUGGAGAAAUAGUACCAACAAGUAAAAUAAAACACUAUAAUAAUAUAGAUCCUAUUGAGAAAAUAUUUUGUAUUUGUUAUAUGUUUCUAUCAACAAUGCAAUUAUCAUUCUCUGUAAAUACAAUAGGAACUAUUUUAACUUAGAUAAAAGAGAAUAAUGAGAAGAUUAGAUAGAAGAUGACAUGUAUAAAUGAAUAUAUGAGAGAAAAAUAAAUUAGUUAAAAUUUACAAUAUAAGUAUUUAUUGAAUAUAUUUAGAUUAGAGUGAGAGAAUAUUUUAAUUUUUAUUGGGAAUAGGAAAUAAUAUAAAAAAAAAAUGAAUAAAAUGAUUUGAUUUAAUUAUUACCAGAAGAAUUAUAAACUGAUUUAAAAAUUGAGUCAGCAUAGGUUUUAAUGAAUAAAUGUGAAUUUUUUAGGUAGUACUUUUCCUAAAAAUGUUUACAUUAGCUUUUAGAGAAAGUAGAGUUUAAGACAUAUUAACCUGGUAUAAUAAUUGAAAAUAAUGAUCUUAAUAUAUUCAUUAUAGAAUAAGGUAUAGUAGAAGUUAAAUAAUAAAAAGUAUAGAUUUAUAUAAUUUAAGAGAUAAUUAUGUUAUUUAAAAGAAAAUGAAUAUUUUGGUCAUUUAGAAAUGAAAAGUAAUUAAUCUUCCACAUUGCAAUAUAAGACAGCAUCAUUUUGUAGUAUAUUAAUUAUUCCAAAUAAAGGAGUAAGGGAAGUUUUAUAAUAAAAUGAAGUUGAUUAGGAAAAAUAUAUAAAAAUGAAAGAAAUAAUGUAUUGUUAUGUUUGUAAAGAUAAAAAUCAUUCUAGUGAUGAUUGUUAUCUUGUUCACUUUGUACCAGAUAAAGAAAAAGUUAUAAAAUAAUACAAUUUUAUUCAGAAUUAAUAUCGUGAUUGUUAUAAAAGAUCUAGACAUAGAAAUCAUUUUUCUGCCUCUUAAGAUUAUGAAUUGAUUUCAAAUAGUGCUAAAAUUUAUCAAAUAGAAAAUGAUCAAAUUAUAGAAUAAAUAGUUCCUAGUUUAUUUUAAGAGUAAAAAUAGUAAAUUUAAGGAUUUGAAGAUUGUUUAAAUAAUGAAAAAUUUAAUUAAAGUGAUAGCAAUUAUAGAUAAAAUAAAUAUAUAUGUAAAGUUUCAGCAUCUAUUAAAAUGCUAAGAACAUAGACUAUUGAUAUUUUAAUGAAUGAUUAUGGUAUGAAGGAAAUGUAUGAAUUAAUUAAAUAGAAAUAUUAAAAUAUUCAUAAAUACACUUUGUAAUAAUAAAAUGAUCUAUAAAUGCUUUAUAAAUAGUUGACUAAUAAAAGAGAAGAGGAUUAAGAAAUUUUUGAUAAGAUCCACAACUUAAGAUGCAAUAAAGAUUGGAAUUUGGAGAAUGUAGUUAGAAAGAUAAAUAGAAGUUAUAAAUAAGAGUUUCACUAAUCUGUUAUUGAACAAUUUUAGAAAUAUAUGUUGUUUCCUAAUUUAUUUGUAUCUUUAUAUAAGAGUAAGAAAAUAAGAACAUAAGAAGAUGAAGAAAGAAGGAAUGCAUCUGUUAUUAUUCAAAAAUACAAAUAAAGUAAAAUAUGUUAAUAUAUUAUAUAUAAGAUCUUAGAAAUCUAAAGAGAAGAAAUGGAAGAAUUGUACCUUAAUUAAUAUUUAAUAUAAAUUAAUGAAUGACAAUAAGUAGAAAGAUCUUGAGAGUCCAAUUUUUUCAGUUGUGUGUUUUUCUGAUUCUGUUUUAGUGAGCUUAGGAGGAGGAGGAAAAAGAUAUGGAUUGGUUAAUAGUCUAGUAUACUUUCAAUAAUCAUUAAGCAAUUAUUUCCAAAACCUAUAUAUGGAAUUUUGAAGGAUCCUAUUAAUACUUUAUAAUUAGGAGAUGAGAUAUUUCAAAGAUUAAGAUUAAAUAUGAAAACAGGAUUAAUUGUAGGAAAUAGCGAUGAUUAAUGUGUGAUAUUGAAAGUUUAAGAUAACAAGAUUUCAAUUGUAACUAAAUUUUAGACUGACAGAGCACCAAAAGAACCUUGUUAAAAUGAUGGUGUUUUCAAUUAUUAAGGAGAUACUUUAGCCACAGGUGGAGAAGAUGGAAUUUUGAAAGUUUGGAAUAAAGAUUAUUAAUUGAAAUACACAGUGGAUAUGAAAGGCAAAAUUUAAUCAUUAGAUUAUCAUGUAGCAAAUGGAAUGGUAAAUCUAAUUUUGACAAUAGCUAAUAGUUGCCACUGAUAAUGAAGAAUGUAAAAUAUUAAAAGAUAACCACGUGUUGCAUAAAUUAGAUAUUUCAUCAAAUAAUAUCCAUAAAUUACAAUUUCAUUCAGCUCUAUUCUCAUUAGAUGGUAAUACAAUAUUUACAUUCAAAAAUCCUAUGAGAGGAUCCUCCUAUAUGACAUGUUGGAGAAUUGAUAAUGAUAAUAUUAAACCAUUAAAAACAAUUAAAGUUCAUGGACAUCCAGUAACUAGUACUUGUUAAUCAAAAGAAGGUAUGUUUAUAGGUAUUGGAUGUUCAGAUGGAACUGUAAAAAUAAUAAAUGCAAGGUAUUAUAGAUUUACAUAUAUUAAUUUAGAAAAUUAGAUAUUGAAUCUAGUAAAUAGGCUCAUGAACUACCAUGUACAGCAUUAUGUUUUACUCCAGAUUCUAGAUUUGUUAUAUCUGGAUCAGUUGAUGCCAAAUACAGUUUUCUCUAAAAUACAAGACCUUAAGGAAUGUUUUCUUUACUAUCUAAAUUUUGGUUAUUAGGUAUGUUGUUAGCAUACUUAUUUAUUGUAAUAAAGGAUUUGUUUGAAUGA